AUGGGACUGCUGACGAUAAUAAAGAAACAAAAACAAAAGGAUAAAGAAGUUAAAUGCUUACUAUUAGGAUUAGAUAAUUCAGGGAAAUCCACAUUAGUCAAUAGAUUACAAAUAUCAUGUUCUAACGAAAAACAACCGUCAUUGGAAGUUGAUAAAAUGACAGAAAUUACACCUACUAUAGGGUUUCGAAUCAUCAGUUUCCCAAUUAAAGAUAAUUUAAUUUCAAUUUGGGAUAUUGGUGGACAAACAAGUUUGAGACCCUUUUGGAAUAAUUAUUUUGAUAAGACCAACAUAUUAAUAUGGUGUAUUGAUAUUAGUGAUUUAAACAGACUACAUGAAUCCAUUAACGAACUAAGAAAGUUGUUAAUAACAAAGAGUUGUGACGUUGAAGGUGAACAAGGAGAAGGAGAAGGAGAUGGAGAUGGAGAUGGAGAUGCAGAGGCAGAGGCAGGAAAAGAUGUCAUUGCCGUUGAUUGCAAGAUUAUUAUUGUGUUGAAUAAAGUGGAUUUAAUCAGUCGUGGUGACUGCGGCGCUACCACCGGGCAAGAAGACAUUGAAAACCAAGUGCGGUUACGUGUGGUGUCUGGGCUAUCCUUAUCCCUGGCCGAUGACGACGGGGAUGGCUCUCCGAGGGUGUCUUUUGUCACGUGCAGCGCGCUCACGGGGGUCGGUCUCCGUCCUCUGGCCGAAGAAUUAUCUUCGCCGGACUCGCUCUAG